AUGGACGAAGCAGCUUCGGCUUCGCGCAAAGCGACCACCGAGUGCCGGAAUCGACCCACUAGUGAGGAUCUACCCACUCAAGUAGAUUAUGAUUUGCGCUCCGAAGUGGAGUCCCGAAUUGCACGUACCCUCGGUCGUGUUGGUCCCUCGAUGCUCCUUUGCAGUGCCUCUGAAUCAGUCGCUUUUUUCUGCGGCUCGAUGACUUCAAUGCCCGCCGUGCGCGUCUUUGCCCUGUAUGCCGGAGUGGCUCUGGUCAUCAACUUCCUUCUCCAGCUGUUCGCAUUUACCGCGCUUCUUACACUGGACUCCCGGCGCAGCGCGCCUUCCGCGUCUCAAGGCGAUGAUUCCGAUGACCGACGUCCAAUGUUAGAACCGGCCGAAGGCAGUACCUCGCCGGAACUUGACGUGUCCGCUGAAGCCGAACAGACUGACAGUUCCAACGCGCCCUGGUUGUACCAAUUCGUAUCUCGUGUAUUGGCGCCCUUUAUCUUGAACAGAUUUGUUCGUCCUCUUCUUGUAAUCAUACUCCUCGCCUGGAUCUGUUUUUGCAUCGCAAUUAUCCCUACAAAUCUAAAAAUCGGUCUUGAUCAGCGCCUUGCCAUGCCCUUGGGAUCAUAUGAACUGGACUAUUUUGAUGCCGUCGCAAAAUACCUCGCAGUCGGACCGCCGGUAUACUUUGUCGUGACUCGCGGUCAUCCCUACAACACCCUGGAGGGCCAGAAUGAUGUUUGCAAUAGCGUCGAGUGUUACAAUACCUCCCUUUUGGCACAAAUUAAUUCUGCCGCCAAAUUUCCCGACUACUAUCGCGUGGCCGCUCCAGCGACCUCCUGGGUAGAUGACUUUUUCGACUGGACCGAUGCACCACUAACCUACCAAUGCUGCCGCGUGUAUCGCAAUGACUCGACGACCUUCUGUCCUCCAUCUGACACCAAAGGCAACUGCACUUCUUGUCCCGUAGUAGAUAGACGCCCGUAUCCAGAAAACUUCACGCAAUACCUGCCCUUUUUCCUACGACAGAAUCCGGAUAAGGCCUGUCCGAAAGGGUAA